AUGCUAGCCAGAAUUUUCAGGUCCAAGAACACAAUCCCACUUGCUAUCGGUACCACUGCUAUUGCAGCCUCAUUUUGGUACUCUACUGCCAUUAGAAAUGAUACCCUUAAGACAUUCAACGGAGAUGAUAAAUGGAUCGACCUAAAAAUCGCCAAGAUCGAAGACGAAUCGCAUGACACACGUCGCUUUACAUUUGCAUUGCCAAGCGAAGACCAUGUUACCGGUCUACAUACUGCAUCUGCGCUUUUAGCCAAGUUUGUGACUCCUAAGGGGUCCAACGUCGUACGUCCCUACACACCAGUGAGCGACAUCUCUGAGAAGGGCCACUUCCAACUGGUUAUCAAGCACUACAAGAAUGGUAAGAUGACCGAGCACCUCUUUGGUCUCAAGCCAGAUGACACUGUGAGCUUCAAGGGCCCUAUAUUGAAAUGGAAAUGGGUUCCUAACUCCUUCGACACCAUCACCCUACUCGGUGCAGGAUCCGGUAUUACACCCUUGUUCCAAUUGGUGCAUCAUAUUGCUCAAAACCCUGAUGACAAGACCAAGAUCAACUUGUUGUAUGGUAACAAGACUCCAGGCGACAUUUUGUUGAGAAAGGAACUUGAUGAGAUCCAAGCUAAAUACCCUGACCAGGUCAAGGUCACUUACUUCGUUGAUCAACCAGAUGAUUCUUUCAAGGGUGAAAAGGGCUUCAUUACCAAGGAAUUCCUACAAUCCCACAUUCCUAAGCCUACUGAGAAAGCUCAAAUUUUCGUAUGCGGUCCACCACCUUUCAUGGACGCCUACUCUGGUAAUAAGAAGUCUCCAUCCGAUCAAGGUGACUUGACCGGUAUUCUAAGUGAAAUGGGUUACACCAAGGAUCAAGUUUUCAAAUUCUAA